AUGCUUGUUGUACUUAAUGCAAUUGGUGAUUGUGGAACUUAUAAGUCACACAUUCAUCUGCAGGGCUGGGAAGUGGGUAUUGGUGGUGGUGGUUGGGGGCAGCAGGUUGAAGUUUUGCCUAGGGUGCUGAGAAACCUUGCACUGGCCCCUCAUGGAGCUCAGGUGAGCUCCCUGCGCCCCCUACCACCCGGCACCCGCACUGCAGCUCCCCGAGUGACGCCGCGUCCGUCAGAGAGUGUCAGGGUGCCGGUGACGCGCAUCCGGGAAGGCUGGGGGAGGGCGCAGUCGUUGUUGCUGCUCCUGGAGAGAAGGUGGAGGCCGCGGCUACCGGUCUGUGAGUGCAUAGGUGGGCAGGUCCAGCUGGACCGGGGUUGGAGUCUGGAUCCGUCGGGGGACGAGAGGCGGCCGGGAGAGGGCACCGGAGCUCACCAGCCCGAGCCUGCCUCCGGAGCAGCGCCUCAGCCUAACCACCCGGACCGUGCAGCAUCUAGAGCCCAGUGUGUGUCCUAUCACCGCGCUGCCAGCACGGAGGAUUGCCCUGCCCGCACUGUGCCCAUCUACCCAGCGCUCCUCACCCCGAUCUCGCUGGAAGCAGCGGGGAUAGAGCCCCCUUUCCUUCUGCGCCCGGUUCCCGGCUACCCCGUCUCCCCGCUGCCCGUACACCUGCUCCCGGAGCACCCCAGCAAAGCCGUACUGGUGGCCACUAUAGACCUCACCUCCUGCCCAGGUCUGCAGGCCGGGUGCUGCGAGACAGCCCUGGACACCGCGGACCCAGCUGCAGAAGGUACCCUGAUAGUGACCCGGGCAUCAGUGGUGACAGCAGCAGCCACUGGGCAGGAUGAUGACGGCGCCGGCAAGAUGAGCCAGGAGAAGAGGAAGAAGCCCAGCAGCCGGGUCAUGCUGGUGAAGCGGAUCCUCAGGAAAGAUGGGAGCCCGCAACAAGGCAUGGGAAAACCAAGUGUGUAUCAUGCUGUUGUUGUCAUCUUCCUAGAAUUUUUCGCCUGGGGCCUGUUAACGACGCCAAUGCUAGUGGUGUUACAUGAAACGUUUCCACAGCAUACAUUUCUAAUGAAUGGUCUCAUUCAAGGUGUAAAGGGCUUCCUAUCAUUUAUGUGUGCACCACUCAUUGGAGGCUUAUCAGAUGUGUACGGCAGAAAAUCUUUUCUUCUUAUAACUGUUUUCUUUACAUGUGCCCCUAUUCCUUUAAUGAGGAUAAGCCCAUGGUGGUAUUUUGCAAUGAUUUCAGUAUCUGGAGCAUUUUCUGUAACGUUCUCGGUAAUUUUUGCCUAUGUUGCGGACAUAACACAGGAACACGAAAGAAGUACAGCGUAUGGACUGGUAUCGGCUACAUUUGCAGCAAGUUUGGUCACCAGUCCGGCUAUAGGCGCUUACAUCUCUACAUAUUACGGUGAUAAUUUCGUUGUUCUCCUUGCUACUGUGGUAGCGCUGUUAGAUAUCUGCUUCAUUUGGUUGGUUGUGCCAGAAUCGUUACGUGAAAAAAUGAGGCCUACUUUCUGGGGCGCACCAUUUUCCUGGGAGCAAGCAGACCCAUUUGCUUCAUUGAAAAAGAUUGGAAAAGACACCACUGUGCUUCUCAUUUGUAUCACGGUAUUCUUUUCAUAUUUACCGGAAGCUGGACAGUACUCCAGCUUUUUCCUCUAUCUAAAACAGAUCAUAGGCUUUACUCAAGGUAGUAUUGCAGCAUUCAUAGCAGUGGUGGGGAUUUUGUCCAUCUUAGCUCAGACAUUGUUUCUCGGUAUAUUAAUGCGAUCAAUUGGAAACAAGAAUACAGUUCUCCUUGGUCUGGGGUUUCAGAUGUUCCAGCUGGCCUGGUAUGGUUUUGGCUCACAGCCGUGGAUGAUCUGGGCAGCUGGGGCCGUGGCUGCAAUGUCUAGUAUCACAUUUCCUGCAGUGAGUGCUCUGAUUUCCCGGAAUGCUGAACUGGAUCAACAAGGUGUUGCACAAGGUAUGGUGACGGGUAUUCGCGGUUUAUGCAAUGGUCUAGGCCCAGCGCUUUAUGGUUUCGUUUUCUUUAUGUUCCACGUGGAACUUGGGGGAUUAGUACCAGUGCCCAGCUCGGAGGACAAGACCCCCAGCAAGGAUCCUACUGAUGAGGGAGCAGUUAUUCCAGGACCACCCUUUUUAUUUGGAGCAGUUGCUGUCCUCCUCGCGUUUAUGGUUGCCUUGUUCAUCCCCGAACACAGCAGUCACUCUAUCAAAACUAUUGGUGGUGGGAAGCACAGUAAUAGCAGCAACCCUCAGACAAAUAAUUCAGACCACGGUGGAGAUGAGGACAUAGAACCCCUGUUACAAGACACCAGCGUGUGACGCUUUCCCAAAUUAUUCCUUGGCAUCACCUGAAGGUGAACUCACAGAGAAUGUAUCAAACUCUGCUGACGAAAAUAGAAAUAAUAGCGAAUACCAGACGGCAACCACAAAACAUGUUACAUUGGAUCUCCAUGCAGACUCUAUAAAGACUGCCAUUAUUUAACUUUUGUUUCUUUUUCUAUUAUUAUUAUUAUUAUUUUUUUUUUACUUGUCUAAAAUAUCGGUUAUUACCUAUUCACUGCAUGGGAGGUUGCAUGUGUAGCAGAAAUCUCCAGCAGUAAAGCCGCUAAAGGUUUGAGAUUGUGUUUUCCUAUUUAUGCUACCUCAAACCUUGUCAUUGCGUAUUUAUAUUGACUGUUGAAAAAAGAAAUCUAGAUAUUGCAGUGACAGAGCAUCGAAUUCUGAAAGGUACAUAUGCAAAGAGAGCCGGUGUUGUGAUAGCACCCUAUAGUGCCUACCAGUACACUUCCGUGCUUGUGUUGUUGGUUUUGCCUUUCUUGCUGCAUUAUUCAGAGUAGCCUUGUCUUCUGAACACGUAAAGUUAUCAAAUAACUUGUUUACAGAGACGCUAGUCCUAUGAUGAAUGCAAUGCUGCAGGAAUUCCCAAACCGCCACUCUCUAAAUCGGCAAACUAUCAGACAUAUCGUGACAGUUACUACAUGGACAAACCACAAAAAUAAAUCCGUUUACAGCUUAACUCGUCCUGUAAGAAACCCUUUAAGCGCAGUCACUGUUAAGUAUGUGUUCUUUAAUAUUGUGUCCUUUUGAGCAUCACUUAUGGAUACAGAUUGUGGGCUACCACGUUUUUCUUGUCCCAUAAAGACAAGUGUUUAUUUGCACAGAGAAUUGUAUGAGAUUGUAAAUGCAAAAAAAGUGACGCAGUUUUGUGGUUUAAAAAAAACAACAAAAGUUAAAAUAAGAUAUAGACUGAUCAUAAGUGGUAUGGCAGCUUUUUCAUAUCAUGUAAUCCGUUUGCACAAUGCAAAACAUUGCAGAGGUACUUUUUGCCAGGAAUGGUUUAAAGAAGCAGCAUCCUAAGAUAGAUAUUUUUGAAGUAGACUGCAAAUGACACCUUAUAAAUAAAGUACCUAAAUGCUAGGGGGCAUUGGCUGUAUACAGGUAAGUGCACUUACCUGUAAUGGUAGGGUCAUAUGUUAAUUAUAUCAUGACAACAUUCCUAAUUUAAGGAGGAUUCCUAACAUAAUGCAGGUGGAUGCUAAAAGCUAAUAUAGAUUCUUAUUCUCUAUCCAGAUAUUAAAGGUCACCUCAUUUAUUACACCCCAGCCUUAACUGCUAUGUAGAGUGUAUUGGACACAUAUCAUAGCCUUCAUAUAAGAAACUCUUCCUACACUGCUUUGAUCAAAGAAAUAUGCAGAUUACUAUUUUCUUUUUCUAACUCAAAGUUUGUCACAUCAGUUUUUUUCAAAUGUCACUUGCUAAGAUUGAAAAUUUAUGAGAGUAUACAAACAUACAUGUAUUUUUCUGAAACGGACAUAAACCAUUAAAAGAAAAGAUAAAAUCUCUUUAACGGAGCACUGCUUUUAAUGUUUUAUAUGUAGAUAUUUGUAAAAAAAAAGUUUUCUUUUUCCCUACUGAGAGGCUGUGUAUAUCUUGUAUUUAUAACUGUAACAAGAUUCUUGACAGAAAAUAUACUGCUUUUAUAUAAAGGAUUAUCUAUGACUGAAUGUUUUUUUUUCUUAAUAUAUAUUUUGGGAAGAUAUACCUUCAACAGAGAUGGCAUACAUUUUGUAAUAUGCAUUUGGUUUGUAUUUUAGCAAAGAUUGUCUUGUAAUAAAUAGGGCAUAUUAUACUUGGAA